AUGGAAAGAUUUGAACCCAAGUACAAAAUUGAGAUUCAACAGAUGAUGUUCGUGGCAGGCGAAACGCAAGAUCCUUCGCCUGAUACCCUCACUCUUGUAGAAGACAUUAUACGAGACCAAGUCAUUUUCGAGCUUGCUGUUCGCCGCGGAUCACGAAUCUUUUCUAGCCAGGACCUCAUCUUUCAAGUUCGUCAUGAUACUGCCAGGGUUGCACGCCUGCAAACCUUUCUUCGAUGGAAGGCUAUUCGUAAAACUGUUCGUGAUGACGAUGAGAAAGCACAGUUGGACCUCGCUGCAGAAAACAUCGUGGAUGAGGCCCUUGGCGGUAGCUCUACAGAUACUGCGGCGAAGAACACUCAAUCUCGAGCAGUGAUCUUACCCUGGGACGUGCAAACAUUCUUCUGCGAACAACCUCCUGGUGGAAAAAGUAAUGAGGACCUGAUCGCAGAGUCCAGCCUGACAUCUCUCGGCAAGCUGCGCUGGGCGGACGAACAGACGACGAACAUGACAGCAGACGAGUAUAUCAGAUGGACUGAAUAUCGGCACGCAUCUUUCACCUGGCGCAAAGCAAAGCGGUUCCGCGAAUGGUCUGGCUUGGGUACGAUAGCAGACCACAAGCCGACUGAUGACUCUUUGGAUAUACUUGGCUUCUUGACUUGCGAAAUGGUUCAGAAAUUGACAGAAAUUGCACUGUCAAUCCAACGACGAGAGAUCAUAACUAGUCAACGAAUGGACAUGAAGCUAGCGUUGUCUUCUGUACGGAAUAAUGAGGGGCCCUUCGCACCGUCGAGUCUAGAACGGUCGGCAAUCAGCGUUCGGCACAUCCGUCAAGCUUUCGAGGCCACCCAGACAAGGGCGAAAAGGCAACGUGUGAGCUUAAACAAGUCUUCAAUCCAAAGGGUCUUGAAGUUAAUUUAA